AUGGGAAAGAGUAUAGUAGAUUUUGGCUUCUCACUACCAAGUCUAACAAUGCCUUUCACUGCUAUCACAAAAGAAAUUGAAGCAGAAUAUACAAUUCCCAUUUCUGAACAAGAUUUAGCAGCUACAUCUGUACUCAAUCAUGCUCAAAAACAUGCAUUUGAUAGAAUAAUAGAGAAAGUCAAUGCCAAUCUUCCAGCUGCAUUCUUUAUUGAUGGACCUGGUGGUACUGGAAAAUCCUUCUUAUAUAAAGCUCUCCUUUUAACUGUUAGAUCCAGAGGAGAUAUUGCUCUAGCAACAGCAACAUCAUCAUUACUUCCUAGAGGUCGUACUGCCCACUCUCGUUUUAAGAUACCUCUUCAGCAGGAAAUUAAUAGUACCUGCAACAUUUCCAAACAAAGUGCCAUUGGUCAGUUACUUCAAGUUGCAAAACUCAUCAUUUGGGAUUAA